AUGGCGAUCGAUUUCUCCUGGCUUGUGUUUGCCCUGAUCUCGCCAUUUAUCUUCACCGUUUUCUGGACCUUUUCCGCCACCGGGUCCCCCUUCACAGCGUCCUUUCCGACCCUGUACAACAAGCGCAUAUGUCUCCUCAUUGCGCAUCCGGACGAUGAGGCCAUGUUCUUUUCGCCAACCGUGUUGGCCCUGACGCGACCAGAGCUUGGGAAUCAUGUCAAAAUUUUGUGUUUGAGCACUGGUGACGCAGAUGGCUUGGGCGAGAUUCGCAAAAAGGAAAUACAAAAAAGCGCAGUUCACCUGGGCCUCCGAAACGAAUCCGAUGUCUUCGUUAUCGACGAUCGCUCUCGAUUUCCGGACAGCAUGACGGCAGAAUGGUCAGUCCGCGACGUCUCGACCUUACUCGCAUCCGCCUUUGCACCCGAAAUAUCUGCGUCUUCUUCUUCCACCGCAGACGACGACGACGCGCCCAAGGCGACGAUCGAUGUCAUUGUCACCUUUGACGAGGGCGGAAUCAGCAAUCACCCAAACCACCGAUCUCUAUACCACGGCUCGAUCGCUUUUUUGAAAGCGCUGGUGAAGGGCAAACCGGGCUAUUCGUGUCCCGUCGCACUAUACACGUUGACCACUACCAACAUUGUGCGCAAAUACUCGGGCGUCUUUGACUCGCCACUGACGAUGGUGAUUGGCGUAGUCGCUAAUAUCGUUGACUCGUUGGCGUCUUCAUCGAAGACGACGAGUGCCAAGGAUGCGAGCUAUGCGAGUCGUCUGCUGUAUGUCAGCUCCUUUAAUCAAUGGGCCAAGGCUCGGACGGCCAUGACGGAUGGGCACAAGAGUCAGAUGCUUUGGUUCCGAUGGGGUUGGAUUACCAUUGGGCGGUAUAUGUUUGUGAAUGACUUGAAGCGCGUGAAGGUGUAG